CGUUUAAGAAAUCUUCCUUCUUUUUCCUUUCGCAAUGGUGGUGAAGAUGACGAAGUGGUCGCCGUGGCCGCCGGCGACGGCGAAGAUGUUUCAGGUGAAAGUGAAGGAAAUGGAGCUCUUAGAUUUCUUCAACGACGAAGAAGAUGGCGAUGGCGGAGACAAGGUAAUGGCGAUUGAAAUGAGAUGGAAAGAAGCUCGAAAGACUGCCCUGGUCCCGUUCCACCGACUUCAGUCGUCGAAGCGGCGGAAGCAUAUUUCGCGCGAGAUCGUGUUGCAGAAAGGCGAAGCCAUCAAAUGGCAGGAUGAAUUUGAGAAGGUUUUCAGCUCUCCGAUCGCGUCAAAGGACGCCGACGAAUUUGGUCCGUCGGAAGUUUCGAUCGCUUUGCUAUAUGGAGCUAAGAACAGAGGCAAGGCUAAAAUGGCGGUGGUCGGGAACGUGGUGCUGGAUUUAGCCGAACUGGCUUCGAAGGCGGAGGCCGUGGUUGAAACAAAGGUUCCGAUCACCGUCAAUCACGCCGGAGUUGCCACAGAAGCCGCUCUAUCGGUGUGCUUCAGCUUCAUGGAGGUUAGAAACUCGGAAGACUCGGGAACGGUUCAAAACUCGACUGUGUCGGAGAACGCGGGAGUGAGUUCGGACGAGUCAGCGGUGACCGAUUCAGAAGGCACGCCAGAGAAUGAGUUGGUUGUCAAGACACGCCGGGUUGAAUUGAGCUCGUCUUCCGAGUCCGAAUCGGGUUUGAGUUCGGAGACCCAGGCGGACUCGGUCAAGAAGGCUGGGCUGUUUUCCUGGAAGAGGCGGAGGUUGAGCUUAAAACCUGGGAAAACGAAACCAGAACCGUCGAUUAAGAAGACCAUCGACGACGAUGAUGAUGAUCACGACUCCAAGAUGGACGUUGGCCUGCACCACAACCCCAAACCAUAUGCUACUGAAGCAUCUUGUGAACCUGGCCGAGAGCAGGAAGAAAGUAGCGCAACCGGCCAUGGCCAUUGGGAAGAAAAGGAGGUACUCAGCAGAGAUGGGGAAUCGAAGCUGAGAGCCAGUGUGUUCUUUGCCGGCUUCGACCAGCGGAGCGACAAAGCCGCCGGGGAGAGCGCCUGCACGGCACUGGUCGCGGUCAUAGCCCACUGGCUUCAGUCCAACCAAGACACAAUGCCAACAAGAUCAGAGCUCGACCGGUUAAUCGUCGAAGGCUCCUCCGAAUGGAGAAAACUCUGCGACGAGGAGGCCUUGAAGCAACGCUUCCCCGACAAGCAUUUUGAUCUCGAGACUGUCGUGCAAGCCGGUCUCCGGCCGGUCUCUGUUUCGCGCGACAAAUCUUUCAUCGCCUUCUUUGCUCCCGAGAAGUUCGAGUCCCUGAAAGGAGCCAUGUCUUUUGAUCAGAUAUGGGAUCAGAUCAGCAGCUGUGAUGAAGGUAGCAGGCCGCCGAGAACUUACAUAGUUAGCUGGAACGACCAUUUCUUUGUGCUGAAGGUUGACGCUGACGCUUACUACAUCAUCGACACGUUGGGCGAGCGGCUCUUUGAAGGGUGCAACCGAGCUUUCAUGUUACGGUUUGACGACUCCACGGUCAUGCAUCGUAGGGUCGAGAAGGAAAAGCCCGGCUCCAGCUCGGAGGAAAUGCCAGGGGCUGAGCCUGCUGAACCUGAGGCAACAAGCGAUCAAGAAGAAAUAUGCAGUGGAAAAGAAUGUUGCAGAGAGUUCAUUAAGAGAUUUCUGGCUGCCAUACCACUUAGGGAACUUGAAGAGCAGGAGACAAAGGAAGCAGUUUCCUACUUUGCUCUCCACCAGAGAUUGCAGAUCGAGUUUAACUACUGCUCUUCACCACCAGACAUUUCUUAGUCUACUCAUUCAACUUCCUCCCUCUCCUAACAUAGCUUAGUCGCUCGCGUAUUCUGUAUAAAUUUGCUUCAAUUCCUUCAAUCCACGACAAGAUUUCCACCAACACUGGAAUGAUAAGUUUCUUUAUCCCUCUUUUUCCUUUUCA